GACAGGUCCACAACUCCAUCAUCUUUCUGUUUUUAUUUUGUUGUCAGUUGUUCUUAGUUCUGAAGUCAGGUAUAUGACCUAAAGAUCGUCAAAAUCGGAACGUAAACACCUCUGUUGUGACUACUCGCGUAGUAUCGAUCCAAAAAAGGCAUUGUGAGAUGAUUGCUAAACGUGUGUCUAAAGCUCAAGGAUUCGAUUUAAUCACCACCCUUCCUCAAGCCAUAAUUGAAACCAUUCUAUGUCUUUUACCAAUUGAAGAGGCGGCAAGGACAAGUAUCCUCUCAAGGGCAUGGAGGUACAGAUGGACCACAAUUCCUAAACUUUGGCUUUGUUUGGCUAGUGUUAAAAGACCAAGUUACAUGGAUGUGCCUGAUUGGUGGAAUCAUGUAUCCAACUUAGAACGUGCAAGGAGAGCGAAAAACUUGAGGUGUAAACUUUUCUAUGCUAUACACCAAGUUUUGUUGCUCCGACAAGGUCCAAUACAUGAGUUCACCCUUGCAAUGGAUGCACAUGACACGUGUUUUGAAAUUGAUCAGAUAAUACUUCAUCUGUCAAGGAACCAUCCUAUCAAGAAAUUAAGAUUUUUCUUUUAUGGCUUCACUGCCAUUGCUUACGGUUUACCCUUAUCAUUCUUCUCGUUGGAUCAGUUAGCGGACCUAGAUCUUGAACACUGUGCUUUCAACUAUAAACCAAUAUUCAGUGGAUUUAGUAGCCUUACAAGAUUAUCAUUAAAGAGUACAAAAAUCUCUAGAGAAACUCUACUGCAUCUUUUAUCUAAUUGUCCAUCACUUAAGAGUCUGUGUCUGCUUGUAUAUGAAGAUGAAGUUCUUAGUGAUGUAAAACCCAACAUUAUGGAGCUAUUCAAGUGUUUACCUGUGCUUGAACAUCUGACCACUUGGGGUUAUUUCAUUGAGGUGUUAGUUCAAGCUUCGGUUCCAGAAGAGCCUCCAACUUCAUUAAUCCACCUCAGAUACGUUUGCAUAGAAGAAAUGUGUUUUGUUGACGGCUAUGGAUUGCCUUUUCUUGCUGUUUUGACCAGAAGUUGCCCAAAUUUGGAGAAAAUUAAGUUACUGAAUAAUACUGCUUGGGAUGAUGAGAUAGAGUCUAGUGUGUUGGAAGAAUGUUCCGUUCUGUUGGAAGAAUAUUCAGAUGUUUGGUUGGAGCAUCUAAAUGAAUUGGAGAUUAAACAUUUUGAAGGGUAUGCACCUGAGUUGGAGUUUGUGAAGUUUAUCUUGGCUAGGUCACCCAAUCUGAAAAAGGUGAUAUUGCUAACCGACAUGGAUGAUAAGGAUGAAGAGUUGGAGUUGUUAAAAAAUCUCUUAAGCGCCCCACGCGCAUCACCGGUUCAAAUCGUAGUUAAGUAUUGCUGAAAAUGAUUUAUGAUGACUGUUUGAUCACUCAACUUUCUUGAGAACUAAUGUUGGAGUAUUCUAAGUUUUUCUGUA